AUGCGCGAUAAGUCAUUGUUCGUAAAAGUCCUCAAGAUCGCUGCACUUGCCUACAUUAGCUUCUCGCUCCUGUAUGCAACCGCUCAUCUGCUGGGUAUCAAGAAAUCGACCUCAUCGAGUGGUCAACUAUUGCCACGGUCAGCAAAACGAGUGGAACCUUUAACCGUAUCCCAAUUGCAAGAACGUUACAAUGGCAAUCAACAAGUUGGCUGGAGUAGUGGCAGUGGAACCAAUUCGCAAAAGGAAUUCAUCAGCGAAGACUUGAUGUUGGAAAAGGUGUUUUCAGAUGCGAUGGGACCGUCCAAAGUGAUUCCUUAUUAUCUCAAGGCAAAGGAGAGCUCGUUUGACAAUGAGGAGGUGACAAUCUCAACCUUGGUGACACACAAUCGAUUCCACGUAUUAAGCCGACUUGCAACACGAUACAAAGGCCCAAUUUCAGUAGCUAUCCAUGUUAACGAUGAUGACAGCAAACAAGUCAUUCUCACCGAUCUUCACCGCAUGUACGAUGCCAAUCCGGAUAUGGGACGCUAUGUGGAUAUUCAUUUGGUGGUGGAUCGUUUUGAUCGACAAUUCAACAUGUGGCGUAACGUUGCCAAGUUCUUUGCGCGCACAGACUAUAUCAUCAUGUUGGAUGUGGAUUUCCACCUAUGCACCGAUUUCCGUCAAUCGCUUAAACAACACCCAAUACUUAUGGACGUCUUGCGAAGUGGCACUGGUGCUGUUGUCGUCCCUGCAUUUGAAUACAUUAAUGAGGAGGAUGGUGAGGAUUGGCGUGAUUUUCCAAAGGACAAGGAUGCUCUCAAGGAAAUUGUGGCGGCUGAUAAGAUCGACAUGUUCCAUCGAUCUUGGGUGCGUGGUCACGGAUCAACCAACUAUACUCGCUGGUACGCAUCGGAUGAACCCUACAAGGUCAUUGACUACAAUUAUUCCUACGAGCCAUACGUCAUUUUCAAAAAGGAAGGCACCCCCUGGUGUGAGGAACGUUUCAUUGGUUAUGGUGCUAACAAGGCAGCAUGUCUCUAUGAAAUUUACUUGGCUGGUAUUGACUAUUGGGUAUUGCCACAUGAUUUCUUGAUUCAUCAAACACAUCAUUACCCUGAGGAGACGCGUGCCAAGGAGCGCAAAUACAACAAGAAGCUCUACGACUAUUUCCGGGAAGAGGUCUGCUUGCGUUAUUCUCGUACGAUGAUUGCAGCUGGAUUAUGGGACACGCCUCGUGCCGACAAUGUCAAGCGUGAAUGUUCCAAGAUCAAGGGUUUCAAAGAGAUUGUCUCUCGGAUGUACACCUAA